AGGUCGAUGGUGUUGUCCGUACCGACGCGACGGUCCGUCCGUAGCUGCGGCGCGCUCGCGAUGCGUCUACCGCGGUGUGUUUCUGCACAUGGCCGUGCCGCUCGGCGGAUCUUCACGUUACUCCGCGGCUCUCGGCGACCCGCCACUGGAUUGCGUCUACCAUUUUUGAAAGAAUUAUAUUACGCCUUGCAUCCACCAUGACUACGUCCUCGGAAGAUGUCCUGAUGCAAGUGGGUCAAGUGCGUUUCAAAAAGGGAGAUGGUACUUUAUAUGUGAUGAACGAACGGAUAGCGUGGAUGCUCGAUAACAGGGACACUGUGUCUGUGAGCCAUAAAUAUGCUGAUAUUAAGUUGCAAAAGAUAUCUCCGGAGGGAAAAUCAAAAAUACAGCUGCAGGUGGUGUUACACGACGGUACGUCGUCCACAUUUCACUUCGUAAAUAAAAAUGGAUCAGAAGCACAGAUUAAAGAUCGCGACGAUGUGAAGGAGUUGUUGCAACAGUUACUACCGAAAUUCAAGCGGAAAGUUAAUAAGGAAUUGGAAGAAAAGAAUAGAACCCUUCAAGAACAUCCCAUGUUGCUUCAAUUAUAUCGCGAUCUGGUAAUCACGCAAGUGAUAUCGUCUGAAGAAUUUUGGUUGCAACAUGCUGCAGAAUAUACGCAAGCUAAGAAGAUUCAACGUCAAGAGAUAGGUGUUAAUAGCGCUUUUCUGGCGGACAUUAAACCACAAACCGACGGUUGCAAUGGAUUAAAAUACAAUUUAACUGUCGAUGUGAUAGAAUGUAUAUUUAAGACUUACCCAGCUGUUAAAAGGAAACAUCAAGAAAAUGUGCCUCAUAAAAUGUCAGAGUCUGAUUUCUGGACGAAAUUCUUUCAAUCACAUUAUUUUCACAGAGACCGUAUCAAUGCUGGGACCAAGGAUCUUUUUACCGAAUGUGCCAAAAUAGAUGAUCAAGAACUUAAGAAAGACCUUCAAACUGGGAUAAAUGAUCCUUUGGUAGACAUUACCUCCUUUGAGGAUCAAUCACUGGAUGAAAAUUACGGAAGCGGAUGUAGUAAAUCAGACAAAACAUCAGGAAAUAUUGUACAUCAAAAUAUGAUCAAGAGAUUUAAUCAACAUAGCAUAAUGGUUAUGAAAGCCAGCACUGCCAAACAGUCGAUGCAAACCAAUCAACCACAAUUAAAUGGAUCUACACCAUCUGCGAGUAAAGUAACAAAUAACGAACUGGAUGAUGGACCAAAGACUAAAAAACGUAGAAUACAAGAGAAGAUAACUUACGAUGAUCUUGACCAGAGCUGUGACGUAACUACAAAUAAUGGAGCACCGUUAAAUCUGACGCAUAUAGAUAGAUAUCUGCACGGACCUGUACCAGGAUAUGGAAAUAUAGAACCAACCUCGGAAGAAUUAUUCAUUACAUUAAGUCAUUUAAAGAAAGAAGCUUCUGGAUGGAUAGCCGGUAGUACGUUACCGCGGCAAGCAACGACUUCUUUAGUUAGUCCGGCCGCAGCGGUGUCAGCUUUGGGUGAAUUGACACCCGGCGGAUCCUUAAUGAAAGGUUUCCGAGAAGAAAGCCUUGGACAGUUAAUACCGAAGGAUUUAGAGAAAGAAUUACGUAACGUAUACGUGUGCGCGUGUGAGCUAUUGAAGCACUUUUGGCGAAGUUUUCCUCCGACAACACCACAACUUGAAGAAAAAGCGAUCAGAACGCAUGAAGCUUUACACAGAUUUCAUUCCGCUAAACUAAAACCGUUUGAGGAUCGUGUGCAAAGAGAAUUUUCUGCAGUUAGUCAGCACUUGACGAGUCAUCUCAAUCAAUUGUUAAAUACCGCGUAUAGGAAGUUUGCAGUAUGGCAACAGCGAAAGAUGCAAAUGAGGUAGCCCUUCAUUAAAAUCCCGUAAAGCAUUAACGUAAAUAAAGCAGCAAUAUUGGUCACAUAUUGCAUUUCUUAAUGUUACCGUAAUUAGAUAUUAAUAUCGAUGUAUUUUACAAGAAGAGGAAAAAACCAAAGCUAUGCCGGGUCUAUGCGUCCUGGUACUACUACAUAUUGUUUAUUUAUUAUUGUUUAUAAACGUGUUUAUAACUGUUUUUUAAAUUUCUCUUCAAACUCAUUCAAAUCCAAUUGCAGCCGAUGAUGUAUCAACUCGCAAUUAUUUUUGUUAGAAAAAUUUGCAGCUUAUUUAUUUACUUCUACGCUACGAUACGUUUAAAAACACACGGACGAAACAUUCUGAAAAUAUCUUCUUAAAAACUCACUGAAAAACGUAAUGGAUUUGUAAAUUUAUGCGCGAAAUGAUUUAGUUAAAUAUAGUCACCUAUUGUUUACAAUAUGCGACUAUUUUAGUUCAAGUUACAAAUUGUGAGUGAGACGGGCGACUGCAAAUAUUGUACGAUAUCAAAGUAACUGUGAUAUCGCCACUGUACAAUCAACAAGUUUGUUAAUAUAGUUUUUCGCCUUGAUAAUGCCUUUGUAAUUACAAUCUGCAGCGACUGUAUUGAUAUGUACGGAACAACAAUUUACUACAGUUUAA